AUGUUGUUCACGAUCCUCAUCACCAGAAUCUUGUUCUGCCUUGUAACCUUCGCCACCGGCGCUCCCGUCAACAUCGAUCCUCGGAAACCACCACCAACGCAGGGCCCCGGCGGAUAUGUCUCAGGGCCUUCGUAUUCCUCGAACAGCUGCGGCCUUGCCACCCCCACAGCCGAGACCUGGAGGCAGCACCUACCGAACAUCAAGGUGUUUGCCGCCGCGCACUGGAACGGCUAUCUGAACGACCCAGGCUACAACUCAUUCCCGCACUAUCUUCGCGACAAGCUUGCGCCCAAUGUAGCGCCAAGUGCCUCCUACUGCGACACUGUUGGAGGAUGCAGCUUCUCUUGCCAAGCUCUCAAUCCCUCGCUAUCGCAACACGAUAAGCAGAUGGCUUACUUCCUCUUCGAACAGAUAGCCGGUGUGGACCACUUGUUAAAGAGCCUUCGCGAAGGCUUACAGGAAGGUGCAUUGUAUGCGGAUGGACAAGUGCCUUCACUUGUGGCAAGAUAUAGCGCUGCAUCACGCAUCUCGACGCAGAUCCAACAGGAGAAGAACGACCACAAGAGAAUUGAGAAGCUAGGCAUGUCCGCCGUCUCCGCUCUAUUGAUGAUGGCUGGUGGGGUACUAGCUGUCCCAGGAUUCAUUGGUCUCGACAAGACCGCCGCGCCUCCGAUGGUCAACUUGGCCUCGUCUACCUACAUUUCCAUCAUCGGCACAAUCAACAACGCCCGAGCCGAUCCUGUGAAGCUUCCUGACAACGUCGAAGAUGUUAUACGCUCAUCCCUGAACGACUUUCGCCAUCACAGUAUGAUUAGCAUUGCACAUGAGUCGAAGAAGCUCAUGGAAGGAGACAAGAACAACCAUGGACAAGACUUGCUCAGUCUCAUGCAGGGUCAAGACUUCUUCAGAAGAGAUGGCAAUAUCCAAGAGGAUAUCAUGAAGAUGGCCGAGAGGGUCUUCAAACAUGCUGUGAUCAACGCAUUAUGGCAAUGGGAACGGCCCUACAUCGUUGACGUUAACGUACCAACAGGUGCCUGUGAGGUAGACUCUCGUGGACCGACCGAGAACCGGAUAUGCUUGCCGGAACGUCCUGAUCACUCCUACUGGAUAUACGCCUUGGACAUUUCGAAGGAGAACGACCCUGGUAAAAACCACAAAGCGUUGAUCCAUGGCCCCACUGGAUAUCGCAACUUCUUCGAAGGACACAACGCCGACGUUUACGGAGCUACCUUGAAAGAUGUCACGGUCCAGUCGGCUCUAGGACAGGCGAUGAAUUGGAGCAACGGCCAAUUCAACCUCAUGGGCGCCUACACGUUAGCGAUCGCACGUAAUCCACGCGGCGAAGCCAUUUCCAGCGUCUGGUCCACGCAUGGUCGGAACUUCCCUUGCAUGGUCGGCGAGUUUGGCUGGAACGACAACACAUACAAUCCUUACCAAGACCAGACCUUCAACUUCCUGGUGCGAAGUGGCCUCAUAUUCUCGGAAGAUUGGGAGAACCUUUGCCACAACGAAGGCCAUUGCAAAGGCGACAAUGAUGUCGAUUGGCAUUCCCGACUCGGUGCUCUUCGCAAACCAGGUGAUCCGCCAAUUCCCGACAGCCUGAAGCACCCGUUCAAGAAGUGCAAGCAGAAGACCAAGCAUGAUGACGGUGACCCUUCUCGCGACUUCCAUCCUACUCGUGAGAGGGGUCUGAGUGUUGGGCUCGCGAAUGCGACGAUUUCAUGGGCCUAG